GCGCUCAGCAACAAGUCACUCCACCACUGCGCCCGGCUCCCCUCGGCCAGAGCCCAUCGCCGCGCGACCCUUUCAUCAUCGCUUGACUGCUUGAGCCUUGAGGGCCUUGAGAGGGGAAGAGGAAGACCCACUGCCCCAGCCGAGCCCCCUCUCUGCUGUCUGCUCCACCGUUACGGGAAGGAAAUCCUCCACCAGUACCGCCGCUCUCUACUCCCCGCCCGUCCCGGAACCGCCCCACCCCGCCCCGCCUCGCCCGCGCGGCGGGUAGUUGCCGCCUCCAGGGGGCAGAGGAUUUCGGAGGGGCCGGCGGGUGAGUCCGAGCAGAGGCGGCGGCGGAUGGAGAUGGGGGCGGCGGCGGUGCCACCGAGGGCGGCCGGGCCGAGGAGGUACAAGGUGCUCGUGCCCUGGCGCUUCCAGCGCGGCUUCGUCAGGGAGCCGCUCAAGCACGCCGCCGCCGCAGCGCCCAGCGACGGCGGCGGGGAGACCGUCGGCGACCCGGAUGCGGAAAACUGCGGAUCGGGUGGGGCGCCGAACGCCGGCGGUGAGAGCGUCAGCGUCCGGGACGCGGAAAAUUGCGGAUCGGGUGGGGCGCCGAGCGGCGGCAAGAGCGGGGGAGUUGGUGGAGGAGAGCAGCAAUCGGAAGGAUGCACUCCUAGUCAGAGUUUGAAGAGCCCUGGUGUGGAUAAUGGGGGUCGCCCUGUACCUGGAAAUGCUUGCAAUCUGGGCAACGGCGGGGUGAAGAGCUCCGGAUUGGAAGGUGCUGAAAAUAGCAGGGGCGCUAACAUCGGUGUCGAAACUGGUGAGGACUGCAAUUUGGGGAGCUCCAAUUGUGAUGGUAGUGUGAAGGAUGCUGGCACACAGGAUUUAGGGGGUACCGGUGAUGGACCAGCUCGUGAACCUGAGGUUGGAAGCAAUGUAGGAGUGGAGAAGAGCUUUUCCCAGGGUUUGAAGGAGUCUUUUGUGGAUCAGACUCGACUAAAGAGCAAUGGUUGUUCUGCUUCAGAUCUCAGGUUGGAGGACCCAGAGAGAAAUGUUGGGUUGGGAGAUUCCGCUUGUCACACUGCAAAGGAGUGUGGUACGGAUGAUGGGGCGGCCAAGAAGAGUAAUGCAGCAGCCAAAGGUUGCAGUUUGGCAACUCCUGGUAACAAUGGUAAUGGAAUAUAUUGCCGCAAGGGGCGGAAGGCAGUCGUGCCAUGGAGAUUCCAGGUUGGGUACAAGCGAUCAUUCUCCAAAGCUUUUGGCUCCGAUAAUGGAUCUCCUGAUCUUCCAGUAUUCAGGUUUGAUGACAGUUCAACACAGUGCGCUCCAGCAACUAGAAGCAGUGUGCGGUAUUAUGCAAGUGCUCAUUCUGGUGUUAGAGUUUCAGCUAUGCGUGACUUCUCUGUAAAAGGUGAAAAUGAGACUGGUUCUGGAUAUAAGAAGAGGAAAACCAAUAAUGAUGAUCAGGAUAAAGCAAUGCCAAAUAAUGGAGGUGUCAUCGUUAGAGAAAGCAUCAUGCGGUCUCUACAGGAUUUCCGGUUAAUUUAUCGGGAUCUUUUGGAUGAAGAAGAAGACAAUUCGAGGGAAGAAGUGCUUAACGUGCGACCUGAUCUACAGGCUUACAGAAUUUUCAGGGAGCGGUUCUCCACAGAGUGUGAUGAUAAGAAAUACAUUGGCAGUGUGCCUGGAAUAUAUCCUGGUGAUAUCUUUCAUUUGAGGGUAGAGCUUUGUGUUGUUGGUCUCCAUCGCCCACACCGGUUAGGUAUUGAUCAUACCAAGAACCAUGAUGGGACCAGUGUCGCUAUUAGCAUUGUAUCUUAUGCACAAUCUUCUGACAUCAAGUAUAAUCUGGAUGUCUUGGUGUAUACUGGUUCGGUGGCAGUUACAGUCAAUCAGAAGAUAGAGGGUACCAACCUGGCACUUAAAAAGAGUAUGGACACUAAUAUACCAGUCCGUGUUAUUCAUGGGUUCACCACUGCUAAUGGAAAAAAGAAGUUUCCUACUUAUAUAUAUGGCGGUUUAUACCAUGUUGAGAAGUACUGGAGGGAGAAAGAGCAUGGAGACCGUUAUGUAUAUAUGUUCCGACUGAGAAGGAUUGAAGGACAGAAACACAUUGACAUCAAAGAAAUUCUGCAAUCAGGAAAAUCUGGACCAAAUGAUAGUGUCAUCAUCAAAGAUCUAUCCCGAGGAUUGGAGAGGGUCCCUGUAUCUGUUGUUAACAAAAUAUCCAAUGAGUGCCCAAUGCCCUAUCGCUACAUUUCACGCCUUCAAUAUCCCCGUAACUAUCGGCCAACUCCACCAGCAGGUUGUGGUUGUGUAGGCGGAUGCUCAGACUCAAAAAAGUGUGCAUGUGCUGUGAAAAAUGGUGGAGAAAUCCCUUUCAAUGAUAAAGGCCGCAUUGUAGAAGCAAAACCUCUAGUUUAUGAGUGUGGGCCUUCUUGCAAGUGCCCUCCUACAUGUCGCAACAGAGUUGGCCAACAUGGCCUCAAGUUUCGGCUGCAAGUCUUCAAAACAAAAUCAAUGGGUUGGGGUGUGAGAACUCUUGACUUCAUACCAUCUGGAAGCUUUGUUUGUGAAUAUAUAGGGGAAGUGUUGGAGGAUGAGGAGGCACAAAAAAGGACGACUGACGAGUACUUAUUUGCUAUUGGACACAAUUAUUAUGAUGAAUCUCUUUGGGAGGGUCUAUCAAGAUCAAUACCCUCACUUCAGAAGGGUCCGGGUAAAGAUGAUGAAGCUGGAUUUGCUGUUGAUGCUUCAGAGAUGGGGAACUUCGCAAAAUUUAUCAAUCAUAGUUGCACCCCCAACCUCUAUGCACAAAACGUCCUCUAUGAUCAUGAAGACAUCAGUGUGCCUCAUGUCAUGUUCUUUGCUUGCGAUGAUAUUCGACCCCGUCAAGAACUAGCAUACCACUACAACUAUAAAAUAGAUCAGGUACAUGAUGCCAAUGGUAACAUCAAGAAGAAAAAAUGCCUUUGUGGCUCAGUGGAGUGUGAUGGCUGGUUGUAUUAAGUUUAGAUUUUUGAAUGUGCUUUUUUUUAGGCAUAGCUGAUCUUGUUUCAUUGAGUCUGCUUUUAGAUGAUUUUAUGGCUACAAGUGUAUGAUAGACAUCAAUGCUUGGUUGCCAAUGGGGUAAGGUUUUUCCUUCUCUUCCACCCUAUUUGUUAUUUUGUAUGUCUAACUUUUAAAUAUGAAGACAGCUGUGCACGUAUACAUGCUAAUAAGUUUAUGUGGAAUUUCCUUUUCAACAA